GCCUCAUUUUCCUUCACUCCUGCUUCCAUCUCCAUCUCGAGCCUCAGCAUCAGCCUCAUCAGGACUGAUCGAGGACAAAGAGUGACAAACCGCAGAAGAAGAAUCCGUGCGGGUAGGCUGUCUGCAGGUGGAGGAAACAAAGCGGAAAACCCUCCUGGAUGUGAGCGGACCAUCAACCGUAGAAUAAGUGCGACGAAGACGUGCUAUGGACCAAAUUACUGGAGCAAGCACUGGCUCAUUCCUAGGUUUUGCCUUUAUUCUGUAUUAUGAGCUGUCGGCUGUGUAGAGCAGUUAGUACUGCCCAGAAAGGAGGAGGAGGAGGAGGAGAAGGAGGAGGAGAGACACACAGAAGGGUGUCGACGGAGAGAGGCAGGGGUAGAGGAGAAGAGGAGGGGAGGAACGUAGGAAAAAUAGAGUAAUAUUACAAGCGUCCAAUAAUGGCGGCUAAAUCGGACGGGGUCCUGAAGAUGAAGAAGAGCGAUGUGGCCUUCACCCCCCUGCAGAACUCGGAGCACUCCGGCUCGGUGCAGGGUCUCCAGCCGGGCGCCCAGCUCGACUCUGCGGGCACCGGGGACGGAGACUUCGCCAACGGGGAGUCGCGGUGCUGCGGCGGGGGAGGCUCCAACUCGACGUGCCUUCGCCUGGUCAGGGAGCAGCAGAAGUACACGGUGUGGGACUGCCUAUGGAUAGUAGCCGCAGUGGCUGUGUAUAUGGCCGACGUAGGCACCGACGUGUGGCUGUCGGUUGACUACUAUCUCCGCCGCGACUACUGGUGGUUCGGCCUGACGCUCUUCUUCGUGGUGCUGGGCUCCUUCUCGGUCCAGCUCUUUAGCUUCAGAUGGUUCGUCCACGACUUUAGCACAGAGGAGGGCGCGGAAUCCGCCGUCGAUUGCUCCCACUUGGAUGGAAAUAAGCUGCUGAGCGGCUCGGCCUCACACGGAGACGUUACCGCUCAACACCACCCGGCCACGCCGCAGAGACAGGCGUCGACCGCCAGCAAGAACACCACGACCAACAGCACCGCGAGCACCGCGGGGGGCGGCACGAGCAGGAAACGAUCGGCCUACUAUUCCUUCUGCAUCUGGAUCGGCCAGUCCGUCAUCCACAUCCUCCAGCUGGGCCAGAUAUGGAGGUAUUUUCACACCAUCUACCUGGGCGUUCGUAGUCGUCAGAGUUCUGAGACGGAUCGCUGGCGGUACUACUGGAGGAUGGUGUAUGAGUUUGCAGAUGUGAGCAUGCUGCAUUUACUGGCCACCUUUCUGGAGAGCGCUCCACAACUGGUGCUGCAGCUGUGCAUCAUAAUCCAGACACACAAGCUCCAGGCUCUGCAAGGUAUGACAGCUGCAGCCUCCCUUGUCUCUCUGGCCUGGGCCCUGGCUUCCUACCAAAAGGCCUUGCGUGAUUCUCGAGAUGACAAGAAGCCCAUCAGCUACCUGGCUGUCAUCAUCCAGUUCUGCUGGCACUUCUUCACUAUCGCUGCGAGGGUCAUCACCUUCGCCCUGUUUGCCUCUGUGUUCCAACUCUACUUUGGCAUCUUCAUUGUCCUGCACUGGUGCAUCAUGACCUUCUGGAUUGUCCACUGUGAGACAGACUUCUGCAUCAGCAAGUGGGAGGAGAUUGUGUUUGACAUGGUGGUGGGCAUAAUCUACAUCUUUUCCUGGUUCAACGUCAAGGAGGGACGGACAAGGUGUCGGCUUUUCAUCUAUUACCUGGUGAUUCUGGUGGAGAAUACUGCUCUCAGUGCGUUGUGGUAUCUCUACCGGUCGCCUCACACCACUGACGCCUUCGCAGUGCCAGCACUCUGCGUCAUCUUCAGCAGUUUCCUCACAGGUGUGGUUUUUAUGCUCAUGUACUAUGCCUUUUUCCAUCCCAACGGGCCACGCUUUGGGCGCUCACCGAGCGGCCAGGGACUCGAUCUCGACCCCACUGCUCAGUUCUCCACGCUACCAUCUGAAGGUGCCACCAACUCACUACGUUCCAACCGAGGAGCCACCACAACUCUGGAGCGUGACAUGGGGAAGUAUUCUGAGCGGGACGGUUGCAUGCCAGUUUUUCAGGUCCGACCCACAGUGCCAUCCACGCCAUCGUCUCGUGCUCCACGUCUCGACGAGACGGUCAUCAAGAUUGACCUUUGCAGGAACCGCUACCCAGCCUGGGAGCGCCAUGUCCUUGACCGCAGUAUACGCAAGGCGAUCCUGGCCAUAGACUCCUCGCCAACUCCUCCACGGCUGCAGUACAAAGAUGACGCUCUGGUGCAGGAGAGGUUGGAAUAUGAGACCACGUUAUAGUUCCACUUUGCGUUCAGAACCCAAAGAGGGUUGCUGCCAACAGAGGAUUAUCUUGCUAUCACAUAAACAGCAACAGGGACUGUGGCAAUAAGAAUUUGUUACUACCAACAAUCUCACUUUUCAUCUCUCAUUACCCUUUUUCUGUUUCCAUUCCUUAGCGCCCACCCAGGAGCAUUCAGCCCUGCUGGUAGUGAUCGGAUUUGGCACAAGUGCAGUUUAUGUCACCAGUUGGGUUUGAGUUCUCUGUAGGGUUGUUGCUGUUAUUUUUACUUCCACUCAUCAGGGAAAUCCCAUUUGAUACAAACUAAAUGCAACAACAGAGUGCUUUGACACUUAGACCGUAUAAGAAGCUGAUGGUUAAGGUUGAAAAAGUUGAGAACAAAAUGAGCACAUGUCCAUCAACAUCCAGUUUUAAGUCAUCAGAUAUUCCACUUUAACCCAAAUGACACCUGAAUUACAAAGGAAUUCCUCUUGUGUGAUGAGGAAAGGAAACAUUCAUUCAGCAUCAAUAGAAAUUUUAAACUGUCAUACAUGUCUUAAUGUGUUGGGAAGUUCUGAUGAUGUGAUCCCAUAGCAGUCACAACUGGGUCUGUACUUCCAUCAGUAUCUACAUGACAAAACUCAUCGCUCCUGUUCUCUUAGUGCCAAAAAGGUUCCUUGGAAAUGUCCUCUGGAUUCUGAGGAGUUGGAACACCUUAUGCCGGGUUCAGACUACAUGAUAUCAGCCCGAUUAUAGCCAGACGCUGCAGAUCUAGAGCGUCGGCUCCCAUUGGGAACGACAAUGGGCUUCGGGUGGGACAAUCGAUCUAUCCCAUGUAGUGUGUCAUGGUGGACGACAACCACAUCUGGGAUAUCAUAGAAAGAUCAGCAUGUAAGAUUAUUAUUUUUUUUGCCUUCCACGAUGUGUCAAACACGGAGGAGCCAGCAUCCUAAACACGUCAUAGUUUGUUUACGUUCUUGUUCCUAGCACAUACGCAGGUCGUGAAAGACGGAAAGCUCUGAUUGGUCGGGGACCAACGUGUCCAAAGUCAUGUCCGAGACACGACACAAACUUAUGACUCUAUAGAUAAUUUCAACUGAAUUGCAUUGCUAGGCAACAGCAUUAGUCCAUGACUAAUAAUGUGGGACACAUUACGAAUGUUUAUAUUUACAACUGUGAAAGGGUCUAUAAUCUGUCACAGUGCUUACAGACAUAAAUAUCGUGUAUUCCAAACCCGGCAUUAGAGAUGGCUGGAAAGUCCCAAACGUUCUUCUCUGGCCUGGACAUUUCAUUCCUCUUGGACAUAAGGUCAUGAAGACAGGGGUUAAAGUAGCAUCUUUACUCAUUGUGUUUUGUUUGGAUACAAUUAACCAAACCUGACAGGAGGGACAGAUAUGGAGUGAGACAGAAGCGGUGAAAGCUGGACAGACACAUCCUCACUGUCUGUCUCCCAUAAGGACAUAAGUGAAACUCACACAAUGCCAAGAAAAUAUCUUCCUGGCAGCUCAACUCACUAUUUGCAGUCCAGUCUCAUAAACCUGGCUGUGCAGUGAUUCUGACCUUUGCUUGUCUGUGGAGGCGAUCGUGGGGGGGGGGGGGGGGUAAUGAUCAAAGCGUCAGACAGCAAUGAAAAGAAGACAACAGGACAGGAUGAUGCAGGAAGUGGAAAUUAGUCGAAGAUGGAUAAGAAGACAAAAGCAGACAAACAGCCAUCUCAGCUAAACUACACAAACUACCAGGAUGUACAGUUCUCUGAGACAACAUGCAGCAUUUUUUUUACUUUAGAGAUGAUGUAGAGGAUACCGAAGUCAUUGUCUGUCUUUUAUCUGCUGUGAGUGUGGAAAGUCUUUCUUUGAUAAACUCACGUCACCUUCUGGGGAAGAUGUCGCUGUUUUUCCCAGCAGCUUUUACCAUUGUUACACUAAGCCACACCACACGUUAGCACGGUGCUGGCAGUGUCCACUGGCUUUAGAAAUGCUAACAAAGUGAUUUUUGGUUAACUGAAUGAAAGCUUGAUAUUAGACCACCGUUAUACCAAAUAUCAUGGGAUGGACAUUUUCAGUUGCAGGUGGAUGAGAGUAACAAGAGUCAUGAAUUAUUCCAACAAUCAAAGAUCAAAGAUUUCACAAUGCUUGUUCCUCUCAUGGAAUAAGGGGGCUCUGCUGCAGCCUGGCCAGUGCUGUAACUGGUGGCCAAGGUAUAUAAAUGACACAACACACUCCUCUAUCCGCCAUGUUAUUCAUGUUUUUAUGGCAAGUGUCCCUGUACUAAAGUAGACAAGAACAUUCAGCAAAAAUAAAUUAAUUUUUUAAUAAUGUGGCGAAGGGAAACGAGGGGAAAAGGCUACAUUUGGUCUCCAUCUCAGUGGAUGGAGAGAUUAGGGCACAGAUGGUAAACCCUACAGAGAGGGCUGGAAGAGAGACUUACUUAAAGUUGCUAUGUAUGACAUUCAGAGCAUUAAUAUAGCAGCAAACAGUCUCUCCCUCUGUGUGUAUGUAAUCUAAGUAACGCCUUCCCAACCCACGGCGUUGUCGCUGACGCGUAACAUCCACUGUGCCGUUUGCACCGUUGGCUCAACCAUCAGAUAUGCUUGAAGCCCUUAAUGACAGUGAGCUGGACUUCAGUUAAGCUGUGGCUCUGACUGAAAACCUUUUGAAGUAGAUGAUUAAAUUACACCCAUCCACUUAUUUGUUCUAUCCCUAAGGUUUUGCCCUGAUGGUGGCGAAGGAAAUAUCAGGGCCUCACUAUGAGAAUUACCCAUGUCAUUAAAAUCCAGACAUUAUUUUCAAGAUUCCUUGCGAUGGUCAAAUUACAUUGUUGACUACAUGGUGGCAUUAAAACAAAGUCAUAUUCUCGGGCCGAUGGGCACCCUGACCAGGAGUAUUGAUCAAAGUGUUGGACACGUGGAACAGACCUGGUACUAGUGCCCGUCAAAUUUCACAUACUGUGCGAUAUGAAAACCAAACCCUGAAUGUCCCCAGUGAUCUGAAUCAGAGUGCAAAGACACCAUUUAUCUUUUAAACUCCCAACACAAACAGCUUGACUUCAGGGACCAGAGGCAAUGACAUCAUCACAUAUUGUAGAUGAGUUGUCAAAUUCACCAUGUUCAGGAAUGUCAGCUCUGUCACUUACAGUAAGACUAUAGAGUCAACAGUGUGACUUUUACAUUUUGAAAAGAAAAAAGAACGUUUGAGGUUCUUUUUUGUUGAUUUACAUCAAACGUACAAUGUCUUGGAUGGCAAGAAGAGAGACAAGCACAAAACCAAUCAAUGGGGUAACCAUGGUAUGAGACUAAAAACCUUUUCAUCCUGCUUAGUUUCUCAUCAUCUUGUUCUUUUGUUUACAAAUAUAUAGCACUAAAACAAGAAUGUGUGUGUAGCCCGAUAUAUACAGCCCACAGAGAGAAGCAGAAAGUUUCCAUGAUCCAAUUUUAAGGCAAAUAUUGGCAUAUAUGGUUUUCUCAUUAGUUAGUUUUUAUAAUUGUGUUUUGUUGGUGGUGCAAAGUCCAAAAACCUUGUAGUAUCUUGAAUGAUUUGAACAUAUGUUUGUGCUUAUGAACCGACCUGCUGUGUUCUGUCACACUUUAAAGGACCAUACCAGCAGUUUUGCAUGUUUUAGCCAUAUCACAUUUACAAUCGUUUUGCAAACUAUGCUGCUUUGUUUUAGAAACUUUCAUUUACUUUUUCAAGAGUUUCAAAAGGCCUGCAUUUGAAAUAUGGUAUAAAAGUCUUGCUCAAAUGAACAUCAUCUAAAUUAAGUAUUGUCAAAGUUACUGUAAGGCAGUGUUGACUUUUCUAAUCUAUCUGCACGUAAGCUGCAUUCAUACUGCUCUGAAACAAAUGGAAACCAAUGGAUGCCUAGAACUGUAGAACAUUUUGUUUAAAUCUAACAAUGUAAAGCCUCAAUGGUUGUACAACUAAAGUAUACAUAAUGUGUAGUUAGAGCUACAAUGUGCAACAGGGUGGUAUGGUUCUUUAACUUUGUUAAGGUUUUUAUAAGUUUGAAAUCAGCCUUUUUUAAUGAUGUUUCAAGUGUCUUAUUGUUUCAGUUUAGAACGUGGCUCAUGAAACAAGGUCACAUAACUUAAAUACAUACUGUUCAGACUUAUUCAUUUGCCUUGUUGUCACACUGCUGUGUUCUCAUCAGUGUGUGUUCUCAUCAGUGUGUGUGCUGUUUUACUGCACUGAGCAGAACAUUUUUAGUUAAUGGCUGCUUUAGUUAUUUUGACUAAUUAUAAUUUUUCUGCCUUUUACUUUAUUUUUAGCUUUUACUUUAUUUAUUUUAUUAUUACAUUUAUUUAUAAUUACUUUAAUUUCUUUUAUGAAGCUUUUUGUGGCUCCAAAGGAAGCUGUAUGAAAUUAGACAAAUUGCCUCAUGUGAUGUCAUUCGAGUCAGGUUUGGUUGGGGUGGGAGACUACAUAUUUGACAAAAAAAAAAUCUGGAGGUGUGGAGAUAGAACGAAGUGAGAUUACCAGAUACAUUACACACCUGAGUUUCACCUGAGGUGCAUUGUGGGUCCAAGUGUCCACAGGGUUCAGGAUAUACAACAUGUUUAGACUUGGCACACACUGUACAAGGCUGCAUUUAGACUGCAGGAGCUCAUAUUCUGCUCAUAUUUUGGACAUCUAAAGACAUAAGAGGGAGAAAUCAUCUUAUAUAUUUCUGCCUGUUCAGGAAGACAUCAAAGCAAAUCCACACCAAAAAUAUUCUAUUCAUUUUUAUUGGUAAUUCAUAAAUUGUUUCAAGUCAUUUUGACAUAAUAUGUGCUGCAGAUGACAGGAGGCGUUGGAGGUAUCACACUGGACCGACUUCUCUUCAGUAGGAAGCUUCUGAUUAUUGGCCUAAUUCACCCGUUGGGAAAAAAGUCUUUUAAAAGUGCUGUACGAUCCAUGUAGAGCCACUGAAAGUAUGCCAGUAUUUGACCUGCUCUGACCCUUCACUUGACCUGUCUGUUUGCCAGACAGCUGCUCAACAAUGGAACAAUAAGGGGACAGAAUCAUCACAGACUUAUGAGAAAGUAUGAUUGAAGGUUGGAAAGCACAUUUCUUCUCUGUAGCCUACUCUGUGUGGAUGCAGCCUGGUAUUAUUUGUAAGGGAUGUCAACACAUCGGCUGUAAGUUUAUUUGCUGUGUUUCCAAAAUCCAGUGUAGCCUUUGUUUACUCAUCACCAUCUCAUGAACUAACACAUACGUGUACUGAUAUAUACUGAACAUAAAGCUACCUCAGUUUGUUUCAUGGACAGAAUACCCUCCACCGUCUCAUCGGGAUCCAUUAUAAUAAACUCAGCUCAAGUAGCCUGAAAACACAAUUUCACAAAAUGAAGUAGAACAUUAACAAAUCAUAUUCAGUGUUCUCCAAAACGUAAAACGAAAAUGAAAUGGACUUCACUUUCAAAUCUGCAGACAAUGUGCCAAACUGAAAUUGCAAACAGUUUUUUUUGUACUUGAAUUUUAAAUUUGGUUUUCCAGACGACCAUGAAUCCAUCUUAUUGAAUUGGCUUAAUUUAUUCAUUCAUUUAUUUUCUGGCAGUCACUUUUAAACCUGUCAAUAGAAUUGGAUUUCUGCAUUUUAAUGUGUCUUACAUCAUGCACACGCAUGAGAGAACUGGACUCUGCACAGCUUUGCCAUGCAUCUGGCCCUUGGAUUAAAUAUUUUGUCAGUAAAGUAGCAAGUUUAUUAGAGAGAGACAUUUCAGCAGGAGAGUCGUGGUCUGCCUUGUUUAAUCUCACUCCAAAUAAAAACAAAACAAAUGCUGUCAUAAAAAGAGGAAUCCUCCAAUCAUCAGUCCCAGAGGUGCUUAAAUUGUCUAACGUCUGAUUGGUGGUGGGUAUCCUGCUCACUGCAGGAAGUGUAUCAUAAACAGCACAUGACACAUCAACAGACUCCUCCAUAACUCUGCUCAUAACUCUUAAAAGCUGCUUUCUGUGUUUUGUUUGCCUUAAAGAGAAUAUAUUUCUAUUUUUGUCUUUAUUUCAACCUCAUCACCCAGGACAUUGUUUGAGGCUAUACUGAAAGCACAGCUUGACUUUCUGGUUAGCCCGUGUGCGUGUGUGUGAGAGUGUGUGUGUGGGGGGUUUGGGAUCUGUGAGUGUAAUUAUUUUUACACUAUUCAAUAAUAAUCUAUCAACAGCAGUUACUGUGCUUGUACUAGGACUGAGUAUUUGUCCAACAGGGAGGUUGUGCAGACGUCAGUCCUCCAUCCUCAGAUUACAAGCUUUGAGUCCAGCUGCAGGAAACAUGGCUGACUGCCGGAUGUCUUUGGUUGUACAUUUAAGGCACCAGUUGUGACGGUGCUGUAGUUGUAAAUAAAUAGAAAAGCAAUGUGGACGAUCACAACACUCAAAAAUCAUCAUUUCAACUGUUCCGUUUCUCCUUCUCUGCCUCAGCUUGUUGUGUAUUAGCUGCAGACUCGGCUGUCAGUCUGUGAAGAAGACUCAGUAAACGUUAUUCACACAUUCCUGAAGUCUCAAUUGAUACAGUUGGCUACUAGUAUAUUAAGUUACAGUAGCAAAAUGACAAACACCAAGGAUAUAAUACAAACAUCAGGGAUAUAGUAAUACAUUAAUAAUAUGACAUUAUUACAACCCUACAGAGAGCCUCGUUCAAGACAUUCAUAACAAAUAUUUAUCAUAGUAUGCCUUAAUUAUUGUCAAGAUCCAAGUCUUUUGAAAGCUGCUGAUGUAAAAGAGAAGAGGAGGGAACACAUUCCCUCCUCUAGUGCCACAUCCAACACAACUGGAGGGGGCAUGUCUUGAACCAACAUCUCCUACCAACAGUCAAUAUUGGUUAAUUUUUACCCUGACCACAAUCUUUGCCCAGCUUUAGCAAAAUAGUUUUAAUUGCCUAAACUUAACUAAAGCUUAGGUAGAUCAGAAAAGGAGCACAUGUGGCUGUCUGCAGUUAGCUCGGCCAAAUCCCCUCACACAGCCAGCACAGAGCAGGACUGCGUUGUGUUUCUAUGCCCUCUGUGGCUCCACAGAUGUGAGCAGGCCGUGUCUCUGUUCACCAGCAGUAAUGGAUCAAAGCUCUGCUGUAGAGGUCUGGAUAUACCAGCCAAACACAUCACAGAAGUCCACUUACCUCUUAGCGCACAGCUGUGUACGCAGAGAAGAUCUGUGGAGCAGCAACACUUACAGAUUCAGCUUUAGUACAAGCACAGUAACCAGGUGAAUAAUUAUAGGACUCUAGUCACACUUGUAUAAUCAUUCUGUACAGAUGUCUGUUUAGAGAUGGUUGAACAUGGAGACCACAGAUAGUGAACUGAUCAGCUUAAAAGCUUAUCUGUAAAUAAAUGUAUGCAAACUGUACACGCUAAAAAAGAACAUUCCUCUCUUUUUGAGUUCUGACUGUGAAGGGUGUCAAUAGAGGUUUGUAACUAUGACGAUAUACUACAGAGGAAAACAAUGGUACAUGUGGUGUAUGUGGUGUAUUUAAAAAAGAUACAAAUGUUUAAGAUAAAAAAAAUGGGUCUUUUCAAGUUGCAUUGUGUGAUGAAAGUCUGAAGUGCAAAAAAAAAUCUUUCAAUAGGGUACAAGUACAUUUUAUUGUAAAACUAAAUCACGCGUGAUAAACAUGAUAAAAUAAAUUUUUUGUAUAUAUGGGA